CUUCCUUCAUGUUGAAUUCUAAUUAUUACUUUCAAAGGAAAGCAUCUCUAAAGCUCCUUUAUCAAGUGUCCAGACUGGGAGCAGACAAGCGGCUAUCUAAAACCCACUCAGGCUGCUCCUCUUCUUCACCUUGACACAUCUUUUCUGUUGAUGGGGGGCAUUUUGGUUUGCAUGCUGCAUCUUCAAGUUUGGAUAGAAUAAAAAAGAAAAGCAGGAAGGAGUCUUGCAGUGAAAACAUGAGGUUGAUUCUGGUUAAACCCACCAAUGCGACAAGACGUCUUGACUCAACAGGUGAAGUCUUUCAAGAUGGAGAACAUCAACCUUGCGCUACAGGAGGUCCUGAGGAGAAACACCAUCCGUUCUCUGGAAGCCCAGGCAAGUCCUCCUCAUCUCCCCAGAAGAAGAGUAUCUGCUGUGCUUCAUCUUCCCUCCAUGAGAAAUCUAAUGGAAUCUGUCCUCCAAGAGGUUUGGCUCAGAGGUCACCUGAGAAAACCCAGAACCUCUCACUGUCACAGCUCAGUGACCAAGAUUGGCAGAUGCUUUGUGGCGAGGAUCUACGCUUAGCAGGAAGAACCGAAGAUGCUGUGGAAAAUUCAACUCAUAGGGAUAGAUGUGGCUGCCCCUGUCCGGAUGCUCUCCAACAGGCUGAAGUCUUAAGCUUACAGCCACAAUCAAAUAGAGAAAACAUCUCAAGAGUGCGAAGUAAAAGAAGUGUUUCAUCACCUCAUACCCUGCCCUUCUCUGAAAGCAUCCACCCUUCCACCACUUGCCAGGUUUCAACACAACCACCAAAUAACAAAGAUCAUCGAAAACCUCCUACAUACCACACAAAGAACACCAUCGUGCCUCAGUGCUAUGAGCAAGAUGGUGAUAAAGAACAGCGCUGCAGAGCCAGAGACUGCAGCCGUUUAGCUCCGUCAGAGCUGUUCAACAUUCCUCUGAACUCAGCUCAGUGUGCCAUAGCGAAUAACAAACUUUCUACAGUUGGUUCAGAUGUCAACUGGAGCGAGCUUUUUGGCAAAGAACCUCUUUUGGCGCAGCAGUACCAAAGGAGAGAAUCUCACUGCUCACUAACUGGUGAUCAAACAUGGAAGCCAUCUGGAGAGUCAGCAUUUGCGCUCAAGUGUCGCCAUCUUCCUUACAACCGCCUGACCAGAAUGCCGUGGGGAAAGAGGUCAGUUACACCAGCCAGUCAGAGAAGUUUCAUGUCUUUCUCCACCAGCCAGUGUAGUUUGCUUGAAAACCAGGAUUUAACAGAGAGAACAAGAGAGCAAGAGGGUCAGGAAGCAUUACCACAUCUCAUUGCAUCCAAACUAUCUCCUCCCAAACCAUUUCCUCCAUUUACCGAGACCCUAGAUAGUGACAAUGUCCAAAAUGGGGAUGCAGUGCGGCCACUCAGCAGCCUGGGUACUUUAAGCUCAAGUUUUGCAGAUUUUCCUUCAGACCAGCAGCAACUUCAGCUGCUUCACAGUGCCAUCCUAGACGACACCUUGUCCAAGACAACUGGAGAAGACUCUAGUAAGGCCACAAGAGAGAGCCUGAACACGUCCGAGGGAAGCAAACCACAUAAGAAGACGAAGGACAUCAGCUAUCGGCUGGGUCAGAGGAGAGCCUUGUUUGGGAAGCGCAAACAGCUGAGCGACUACGCGCUGGUCUGUGGGAUGUUUGGUAUUAUUGCCAUGGUCAUUGAGACAGAGCUUUCGAGGGCUUUUUACACUAAGGAAUCCAUCUAUUCUUAUGUACUGAAAGGUUUGAUCAGCAUUUCAACCGCAAUUCUGCUUGGACUCAUUCUGAUGUACCAUGUGAGAGAAAUACAGCUCUUCAUGGUAGACAAUGGGGCAGAUGACUGGAGAAUAGCAAUGACCUUUGAGAGGAUCCUCUUAAUUGCGUUGGAGCUCCUUAUCUGUGCCAUCCAUCCAAUCCCAGGCCAGUAUGUGUUCACCUGGACGGCACGCCUGGCCUUCAGCUACACAUCAUCUGUGGCAGAUGCUGAUGUAGACAUCUUUCUUUCUGUGCCGAUGUUCCUGCGCCUCUACCUGAUCGGACGCGUCAUGCUGCUCCACAGCAAACUCUUCACAGACGCCUCCUCACGCAGCAUCGGGGCCCUCAAUAAGAUUAAUUUUGACACUCGUUUUGUCAUGAAGACUCUGAUGACCAUCUGUCCUGGGACUGUCCUCCUGGUCUUUAGUGUGUCCUGUUGGAUCAUUGCAGCAUGGACAGUCCGUGUAUGUGAGAGGUAUCAUGAUGCACAGGAAGUAACAAGCACUUUCUUAGGAGCAAUGUGGUUGAUCUCCAUCACUUUCCUGUCCAUUGGUUAUGGAGAUAUGGUCCCUCACACCUACUGUGGUAAAGGAGUUUGCCUGCUAACAGGAAUUAUGGGGGCAGGUUGCACAGCAUUGGUGGUGGCUGUGGUUGCAAGGAAGUCGGAGCUCACAAGAGCUGAAAAACAUGUGCAUAACUUUAUGAUGGAUACUCAACUUUACAAAAAGAUAAAAAACAUAGCUGCCAAUGUUUUAAGGGAGACUUGGCUCAUCUACAAAAACACAAAGCUGGUAAAGAAGAUCGACCACGCCCGCGUACGCCACCAUCAACGGAAGUUCCUUCAGGCCAUUCACCAACUGAGAAGACUCAAAAUGGAGCAAAGGAAACUAACUGACCAGGCAAAUACUGUGGCUGAUCUUGCAAAGACUCAGAACAUGAUGUACGAUCUGGUCUCAGACCUGCAACAUCGAACUGGGGAGCUGGACAAGAGGAUUGUUGCUCUGGAAGAGAAACUGGACUCCAUCCUUCAUGGAGUGCAGUCACUGCCAGUUGUGUUGUCUCAAGCAAUAGCAAAACUUCAAAAAGAUUUCCUGGACGACCUAGCCUGUCGCGUCCACUUCCUGUCAUCCUCUCUAAGUUCAGAGUGCUGUUCAACGCAUCCCAAGCAGCUGUGUCCAGGAUCAAGCACACCAGAGACGCCAUACAGCUGAGACGCCGCUUUGAUUUUGCCAUGUUUUAUAUAAAUUGGUUGGAAUUUCAACAAGUAAUAAUUUCACCUCAGAGUAAAAUAUUGAUGCUUAGACUUACACGUGUGACUUUUGAGUCAUAUGCUCAGGAUUUUAUAGUAAGUGCAAUGUAAGAGAUUUUAUAUCUGCUUAAAAGAAAUUAUUUGGUCGAGAAAACAAAAUAGUUCCUUCACAAGUGCUUAAUUUUAAAAGGUCAACCAAGGGAGUCUUCUGCUCCUAUUAUUCAGCAGCUGGAAUUCCUCCAAUAAAUUAAGCUUCUUAGAGAAUAUACUGCCCGUUUUCAAUAGAAUGAAAAAGUUGGAAGAUUUUAACACAAACAUCUUUCCUAAUAUGAACAGGAAUGAAUAAAGAAUCUCUUUAGAAGUAAAAGUUGCAUGCUGUCAAGUGUCCAAUGCAUUAUUUUGGUUAUUUUAGAGAGAACGCUAUAUUUCCUGUGAGAAUCUAGAAUAAGAAUAUACAUAUUAUUAUAUAUAUGCCUAUAUUAUUUAAUUUCCCUUUGGGAUUAAUGAAGUGACUUUGAAUUUUUAUUGAAUUUAUUCUAAAACACAAGAAGUGAUAUUUGGGUUACUUACUAACAUAAAUGGAAGGAGAAUAUCUUUUCAUAUAUUAAUUUUCCUAUUUUUUUUUUCUUUUCUAUUAAUUGUUGCUAUCUUGCUAAAUAUAUUCUCAUUUGGUAAUUUUAUGAGGUAAUUUUGACUUUGUACUUUCAGAUUUUAAGUAAGUAUAUUAUAUUAAUUUUUUGAGGCAGCAAUAAUUAUUUUCAACUCAAAAACCCAAAAGGAAUUUUGAUCAGUUGCUGUCUUUUUUUCUUAUUAAUAUUGGCAUUGGUAGAUUAUGUAUACAUUUCAUAAACAAUAUCUAGCCGUUCUGAAACUGUAGGGAACCUUAGAAGCAGUCAGUGUCUUGUAAGCUGUUUUUGCAGUUUUUGCAUUCUAAGUAAAAAAUGUUAAAUACUUAUUAGCCUGUUUGAUCAGGAAAUCACAGGUCCCAAAAACAAAAAUAAGAACUACAAAGGUAAUUUAUUACUGAACAAGUAUACACAUCUCUUUGUGGCUCUGUCGCCCAAAAAGGGUUUAUUUUUGCACAUUCCCAAAAAACAUUGUAUUGAUCAUAGACAUGAACGCCACACAGCCUGCAAGAAUUACCACCACUUUGAUCAAAAUUUGCUUUUUGCUUUGGUGUUAUUUAAAAAAAAUUAUAUAUAAAACCUGCCAUUUCCAAUUAAACUUAUUAAUCUUGAGGGAGUUUACACAUGUCCAAUGCAAGACACAAUGAAUUGCUUUCUUUUCCCCAUUUUUAAUAUGAUUUCGUAGAGUGGGACUUUUACUUUGACCUUGGGUCAAAGCCACACCAUCUGUAUUUUAUCACUCAACUGGUAUUCUAGUUUAUUACAAACCUUUCAUUGGGGUUUAAUAGAUUUAAAGCACAUAUAAAUACUGCAAUUUAUAUUACAUAGAAAAAUAGUAUCUAUAAUAAAUGUAACUGUUUAUAACGUGCAUAUUUAUUGUUGAAGUUUAUGGUUGUACAUGAUUUAUAGUGAGCAAGAGCAGUUUUACAAAACAAUGAUUGGAAAUGUAUUACGAUAUAAAACCUUGUAUAAUUUCAUUGAAGCAAAAGCUGGAUUAUUUUUGAGUCAUUCAAUUUAAAGCAAUAACAGUUUGUUGAUCUAAGUGUUUUUCUUUUAUUAAACUGUCAGA